UUCAAGCUUUUAAAGGGUUGAGUCAAAUUCUGCAUGCUGUCUAUAUAAGAAGAGGAAGAUGGAGGAGGCCCCAAGAAUAUCAAAUUAGCCAAAAGAGGGAUAGGAAAAGGAGAGAAAACUGAAGAAAACCUAUGGAGGCUGCUUUGGGAAAGUCUAAUAGCCAUGGAGGAUCAGAAAGUGAAGAGAAGACAGUAGUUCUUGAAUCUAGUAGUAUUGCAGAUGAGCAAGAAGCUGGUCACAAAGAAGAAAUUGCUCUCAAAGUUGGAAAUGGAAGGCCAUGCCAGGAGAAUAAUGAAGUGAAAUCAUCUUCACCUAAACAAAAAGAUUUGAGUUGCAAGCAGAUAUCAACCACAAGUAAUAUAAAGGGGUCCUCGGCGGAACCUGAUCAUUCAGUGGCAUCUACUUCACCAAGUAUAAAGGAACAGGAUUGUCAGCUUGAAUCUGCAAGAGCCGAAAUGCGUGAAGUUCGAGAAGAAAACCAAAGGCUGAAGAAGUACUUAGAUCAGAUAACGGAGGAGUACCAGACACUUCAAAUGCAGUUAUAUGACAUUCAACAAAAAGCAAACAGGUCCAAGGACAUUGCAAUUCCAAGUACUAAUAAGAAGUAUGAUCAAGAUGAGGAAUCCGAGCUUGUGUCACUCAGCCUCGGAUCAUUUUCUGGCAAACCUAAAUGGAAUCAAAAGAAUGAUAAAAACCCUAGCACUAGUCAAGGCAAAGUAGAAAAUGAGUCAGAUGGAGAAAGCUUGUCUUUGGGGCUAGACUGCAAAUAUGAAGCACCUAAAUCAAGUGCUACAACUAAUCAAGUGCCCUUGGCCAAUCCAAGCCCUGGAAGCAGCCUUGAAGAAGUGCCCAAGGAAGAAGCUGGUGAGACUUGGCCACCAAGAAAAGUUCUCAAGACAGUGAGAUCAAGUGGUAUGGAAGAUGAAGUUGCGCAACAGAGCCCAGCCAAGAAAGCUAGGGUUUCAGUGAGAACUAGAUGUGACACCCCAACGAUGAAUGAUGGAUGCCAAUGGAGGAAAUAUGGGCAAAAAAUUGCAAAAGGAAAUCCAUGUCCUCGUGCUUACUACCGUUGCACCAUUGCACCUUCGUGUCCAGUAAGAAAACAGGUACAAAGAUGUGCAGAGGACAUGUCCAUCUUAAUUACCACCUAUGAAGGAAAUCACAAUCACCCACUUCCAAUGUCAGCCACAGCAAUGGCUUCCACCACCUCUGCAGCCGCUUCCAUGCUAUUAUCCGGCUCAUCAUCAAGCUCCGGCCGCUUGAACCCAUCAGCUACCGCCACCAGUACUACCGCUGCGCACGAUCUUCAUGGUUAUAAUUUCUAUCUUUCUGAUAACUCAAAAUCCAGAUUCUACAUACCCAACUCUUCACUCUCAUCUUCUGUCCCAACAAUCAUCUUAGACCUCACUUCAAAACCUUCAUCAACAUCCAAUUCCAUUUCCCAUUUCAACAAAUUCUCUUCGUCAUCAAGUUCUUCCCAUCAACUUUACCCUCCCACAAGCCUCAACUUUGGAUCAAAUUCUGAGUCCAGCACCGACAUGUCUUGGAGUAAUAAUGGGCUCCCUUCCUAUGGGACCCACUUACCUCCAUAUAAUAUCUGUAACAAGAAUCAAAGUGCGCCACUAAGUAGUCUUGGAAUCAGGCAGCAGCCCAUGCAAAACAACAUCUACCAAAAUUACAUGCAGAAGAAUAUCAACCCUCACCCUAAUCCUCCUCAAGAAGUUCCUCAUCAAUUUCAACCAGACUCUAUUGCAGCUGCCACCAAGGCAAUCACAUCUGACCCUAGCUUUCAAUCCGCCUUAGCAGCCGUGCUCACAUCAAUCAUUGGCAGCAACAGUACUGCUGGGACCACUGGCAUUACUGGAACCCUAGGUCAUAUUAAUCAAGCAGGUGGUGGAGACAGUAGUAUCAGUUUGGCUCAGAAAUUCAAAUGGAGUGACCACUUUCCAGGAAGUACUACUACUACUACUACUACUACUACUACAUCUUCUUCUUCACCAUUCCUUCAAUCACAGAUAGGUAAUAACAGUAGUAGUAUUGGAUGUGCAUCAAGCUAUUUGAACAAAACAACUCCGCCGAAUUCGCAGCCGGGGAGCUUGAUGUUUCUGCCACCUUCAUUGCCAUUUUCAAGUGCCCCCAAGAGUGCAUCUGCAUCUCCUGAUGAUACUAGAGAUCACAAGAGUUCAUAGUUUAUGAAUUGAAAAAUAAAUAUUUAUUAUUUGUAAACAUUUAAUUGAUUCAAACAAGGUAAUUAAACCGAGUUUUUUUUUUUGUGUAUUUUAGUCUGUGUUAUUUAAGAAAUAGCAGUGGUGAUGGUAGGGUUGUAAAUUGUAUUUAAUCCUGGACGUGGAAAGGAUUGACGAUUUGAUUA